AUGGAGAAUAUCUCAGCUACUGAUCCUGUUUCUUAUCUCGUAAAUUCAUGUGGGUUAACCCUAAAAUCUGCUCAAACUAUCUCUAAGAGGGUAUGUCUUAAAACUCCUGAAGGACCAGAUUCAGUACUUAGGCUUCUCAGAGAACAUGCCUUCACCAAUUCCCAAAUCUCCAGUGUUGUUAAGAUGAAGCCCAUAAUGCUUUUACUUCAUCCUGAAAGGAUUCUUUUGCCCAAACUUGAGUUUCUGUAUUCUAUUGGUGUUUCAAGAGAAGAGCUUUCAAUAAUUGUUUCUAAGAAUCCAGAAUUGUUGUGUAGAAGUAUAGAGCGAUAUCUGUCCCCACAUUAUCAUAUCCUCAAAAGUAUACUCGUUUGUGAUGAAAAAGUGAUUAAGAGUAUGAAACGCUUGUUAAAAGCUUCUAUAGUGCUUUCGGAGAGCGAUUUUUUUGCCAAUUUAUCACUCUUAAGAGGGCUUCAAAUUCCUCAGUCUUCCAUCUCUGUGUUGGUCACCUAUCAUCCCAUGAUUAUGUGCGUAAAAGCUUUGAAUUUUGCUGAAGGUGUUAAGAAAAUUAUUAAAACAGGAUUUGAUCCUUCAGAAGUCACAUUUGUUAAGGCGCUCAAUGUUUUGCUUGGAAUGACGCAGAAAACAUGGGAUCAUAAAAUGGAGGCUUUCAAGAGGUGGGGUUUUUCUGAAGAAGAGAUUUGGUCAAUUUUCAGAAAGAGUCCCUCGGCUAUGGCUAUAUCUGAAACGAAUCUUAUGCGUAAAAUGAAUUUUUUUGUAUGCAAGAUGGGUUGGCAGCCUGCUGCUGUUGGUAGAGUUCCAGUUGUUCUGGCCUAUGGUUUGGAAUCUAGGAUUAUGCCUAGAUGUUCAGUUGUGAGAGUUUUGCUUUUGAAGGGUUUGAUCAAGGAUGAUAUCCCCAUACCCUCGAUCUUGACCAGCUGCGAAAAAAGCUUCUUGCAAAGAUUUGUAAACAAGUAUCAAGAUCAGGUGCCCCAAUUGUUGGAUAUUUUCCAAGGAAAGAUGGGGCUCACAGAACUUGACUUUGAUUUUGAUGAUAAACCUGCAAUUUUGUAUUAG